UAACUCACCCUGCACCCUUGAUGCCUAUAUAUAGAUUAAACUAGAAAACCUCAGUUGUUCAGUUCAUCACAUACAUCUCUGACUCACUUACUUCGAGCUUGUCAGCACUUUCUCAGCUAUGGCGCCAAGUAAUGAAGGUCUUGAGGAUCUGUCUAACCAGACCAUGCAUAAUCCUAGACAAGGAGGUUACAAGCCCACUAUUUUCAUCUUUGUGCUAAUGUUGCUUGACAGCAUAGGCUUUGUUGCAAAUAUGGUGAGCCUGGUUCUAUACUUUUUAACGGUCAUACAUUUUGACCUGUCAGGCUCUGCAAACACCACCACCAACUUCCUGGGAACUGCAUUUUUGCUGACACUUGUCGGAGGCCUUAUCUCUGACAGUUACAUAAAUCGCCUCAACACUUGCCUCCUGUUUGGUGCAAUCGAGCUAGUGGGAUAUUUGUUAGUGAUAUUUCAGUCACAUUAUGCUGAAUUGCAACCUGAAGCCUGUGGGGAGUAUAGCUGUGUGAAGGGUACUAAAGCUCUACUAUUUUACGCCUCAAUAUAUCUGUUGGCGCUGGGGGGAGGGGGGAUUCGCGGGUCAGUGCCUUCUCUUGGAGCAGAUCAGUUUGAUGAGAAUGAUCCGAAGGAGAGCAAGCACAUAUCCAGUUUCUUUAACUGGUUCCUCUUUUUUGUAUCUGGUGGAGCUUGUAUUGGAGUUACAGUUGUAGUGUGGGUAAGCACGAAUAAAGGAUGGGAUAAGAGCUUCAUUAUCUCUAUUGUCUGUUCAUUCGUCGGUCUAGUUUUUGUUGCAUUGGGAAAGCCAUUUUAUCGCGUCAGGGUCCCUGGAGAAAGUGCCAUUUUGAAUGUUCUACAGGUCCUAGUGGUUGCUGCAAAGAACCGAAAACUACAGCUGCCACAAAAUGCUAGAGAGUUGUAUGAGCCGCGCAAUAGCCCUGAGCAUGCUUCCCAAGGAUCUCGCAUUAGUCACAGUAAACAGUUUAGGAUCCUAGACAAAGCUGCUGUUCUUGCUGAAGGCACCAAGCCUGAUAAAUGGAAAGUAUGCACAGUGACUCAAGUUGAAGAAGUGAAGAUCCUCACAAGAAUGAUGCCUAUUCUUCUAAGCACCACACUCAUGAACACAUGUUUAGCUCAGUUACAAACUUUUUCCGUCCAGCAGGGCACCCUAAUGGACACAAAGGUUGGCAGUUUUGAUGUCCCGCCUGCCUCGAUUCCUAUCAUUCCUCUAUUGUUCAUGUGCAUUCUCGUCCCAAUCUACGAAGUUUUCUUUGUCCCCUUGUUCAGAAAACUGACAGGUCAUCCAAAUGGCAUUAGCCAUCUCCAAAGGGUUGGCGUUGGGCUAGUUCUCUCAGCCAUUUCUAUGGGAAUAGCCGGACUUGUAGAAGUGAAACGAAGGAAUGAGUUUGUGAACCAUAACAAGCGCAUUAGUCUCUUCUGGCUCUCAUACCAGUACGGGGUAUUUGGAAUAGCAGAUAUGUUUACUUUUGUUGGCCUAAUGGAAUUCUUCUAUAGUGAGGCUCCAAAAGGCAUGAAAUCACUCUCCACUUCUUUCUCAUGGCUUUCCCUCUCAAUAGGAUAUUACUUGAGCACAGUCUUCGUGGAAAUUAUUAAUUCAGUGACUGGCAAGUAUACUUCAAGCAAGAGAGGAUGGCUAGAAGGGCUUGACAUGAACAAGAACCAUGUUGAACUUUUUUACUAUUUUUUGGCAAUUCUCAGCAUUUUGAACUUGGGAAAUUAUGUAUAUUGGGCCAGCUGGUACAAGUACAAGAAAGAUGUUCCGAUUGAGCCUAUUGACCAGCACGUUCUGACAGGAACUCCUAGUAACAUACCGUCCCCUAUAGGAUGGACUCCAGUGACCUUUCCAACUAAACAAGGGGAAGGAACUGAUUAAGUAAAUUUUCAUGAUCAGGUUCAGGGUUAUGUACCAUUCUAUCAUGGUGGACUUAUGCAUGAACAAGAUCAUUAGUACUUCUAGGAGUUAAAGUAGGGUAAGGUCGCCAUACAUCUCACCCGCUCCAGACCACACUUAAGAGUGGCAUAGACUUGACACAUAAGUUUUCUAGUAUAGUUUGAUAGCAGCACAUAUCAGUGUCUACUUGGCACUAGGUAAGUGCAGGCAUAAGCUAGGCAGUCAGUCCAUAUCGCUACAAGAGAAACAUAAAGUUUGGUUCUGUUCUUGUCUUC